GACCCUGAGAGAUCCUUCCAGCUGGAAGGUGAUGUCAUUGAUUUCAUAAAGACUGCGAUUUCUGCAGUAAGCAGAGCAAUUUCGAAUUCACGAGUUGGCCUGGGCCAAUGAAGUGGCUAAAAACGGUAAUGAUCCUUCCAGCCGCCACGCCUCCCGCUCGUCGUGGUCCACGACGACGAGCAGUGUAUCAGCAUCCAUAUCCUUCUAAUCAUCAUUUGGCAUGACGUCCACAAUCCCUUUCCCUACGUCAGGCACGCCCGGAACAUCCGGAAUCAUGUCUGAGCUGCAACCAGCCAACCUGAAACAUGCAGAGCUGUCUAUGGUGACAUGUAACCCCCUUACAUAUCAAGUCUGCGACUUUGUAUACGAUAAUUCCCCGUCAACGAGCUUUCUGGAUACAGCUGAACUCUUCUACGAGACUCGCGCAGGUCAUUAUGAAAAUCCUUUGAUCACCGCCACGUCCCGCACCCUUAUUGCAGAUAUUCACGCACUCGUACGCCGGCUUUCCAUAGUCGACAUUCCAAAACCAUCCAAGAUACUCCGCGCCCUAGUACCCCGAGUCCCCGUCAAAGAAUCUGUCAGCUCGGACCCUUGGUUUCGUGUCCUGCGUAUCUGGUCAGAAAUUGAAGAAUUUAAUGAGAGCGAGACCUUUGAUGGCCACAAAAGGAGCAUCGUUGAGCACACGCUCAACAUCCUAUUCUUCCCAGACUUGCAUAUGGGCUUUAACAUGCCCAAGUCACUCUCCCUGCGCACGUCCGAGUCCACAUCUGCAAAUGAAACUGUACAUGAGCUCUCGCUAGUAGUCCCUUCCACCCCCUCGCUUCCAGUUCCCGGCACGCCAUUCGCGGUUCCAUCACCACUGCACCUACAGCUUCGUGUCAUCACGCGCCUAAGCUUCAAUGAGCAGGGACAGAUCACGUAUCACCGUGACGUGUGGGAUAUGCGCGAUGUGAUAGGGCUCGUACCUGGCAUGCGCAUCGCGCAGUGGAUUUUAGGGCGAGCUGGUGCGUGGGGGCUGAGUUGGAUAGCCAAAAGACUGAGGUCCCAGCCACAUGGUACAUCGUUAAUCGCAUCCGCUGAAACGAUAGUGUAGUUUUUCUUUCCUUCUCUGUUGUUCUUCCUACGAUAUCUCAUAGCGAGCAUCGCUGAUCGCGAUGUUAACUUCAGUGUAUAUGUAUCCUCAACUGUAGCUAAUCCUCGCGCUCAAACUGUGUUGUUGUAUUUCUGUUUCCAUAGCCUUAUACCUAAUACCACGACCGCUCUCGCUGCAUCAGAUCGAUAUUUUACCUGUCAGGUUUGGAGUGUCACACUUGAGAUAUAUCUUACGCCCUCUUGUCGAUUGAACUAUUGUUGGUGUUCGGUUGUUCUAGAUCUGUCUUCAAGUUCAUAGCCCUUGUACUUCAUACCACGACUACUUACCCGUGCCAAGUCAAAUCAAUAGUUUGCUUGCCGAUGCUGGAGUCUUAUCUCAC